CCAGAUUCAAGCCAUCAAUUCCCCCACACACAACACCAGACACGACACAUUCCACGUCCACCUUCAGACGGCUGGCUGUGUGGGAACAGAGAGACACACAGACAUCAUCGUCCGAUACAACUCUACAACAUGAACAACCGCAACGUCUAUCACCCCUAUGAUCCGGCGGGCGACGGGGAUGAGACAGAUGGCUUUGUUACUGCCUACCGAGAGUGGGAAGAGUCCGCUCAUCGCCAUAACGUUAUAAGCCAGGACUUCGCCAAACAGUUCCAGCAGCUGUGGCAAAAGUGCCACGAGCUCGAAACAGAAUGCCUGGAGCAAAAGAAAACAGUCAAGCUCUGGCAGCAGGAGGGUCGGAAGAUGGAGCGUGAACUCAACUAUUACAAGUCUGCUGCUGAAAAUGCUUGCUUUGCCUUUGUUAUUAUUGAUGGUGACGGCGCCGUCUUUGACGAAGAGUUAAUUGCCCUUGGCGAGGAAGGCGGUAAAAAGGCUGCCCAUGAGCUACACAAGCACCUUAGGGAAUAUAUGCAAGAGGAAUGCGAACUGCACAACCUUGACAAUAUAUUUGUUCACGUCGUCCUUAACGCCCAAGGCCUUUCCAGCGCUCUCGUUCAGUCGGGCACCCUGCCAACCGGCGACUACGCCGCCGUGACCAAGUUUGGCCGUGGCUUCUGUCGCGCCCAGCCCCUCUUCUCCUUCACUGAUGUUGGCGGUGGCAAGGAGCAGGCCGACCACAAAGUUCGCAAGCUAUUCGAAAUGAUGGAGAAGAACAUCCAAUGCAAGUUCCUUGCUCUGGCCGGCUGCCACGAUAACGGAUACGCUACCUUCUUGGAGUCGUACCGCAAUAAUCCCAAGAUUCGCCUUCUCGAGACCACCCCGGCCGCGGCUGACUUUCGGAACUGUCACUUUGAUCGUUUCUCUAUUCCAACUGUCUUCCGCUCCGAAGCUGUCCCCAGCAAGCCCGGCUCAUCCAGGCCUGUCACCAACAAGCUGGCUACCGUCACCACCCAGGCUAUGAUGAAUUCUCCCAGUCCUAAGCCUCCUUCUCCCGCCUUGACGACCGCCUUCAGGCCCAAGCCUGCCGAGGCCACCAGCAAUGGAGGCAACAGUUAUGCGGCUAUUGGCAAGGCGGCUCCUAGUCAGACGUUCAGCAUUGUGUCCAGCAAGAAGAAAAAUACUCAACAGGCUUUUAUACUGUUUAAUAGGGAUGACGAGCGUGUCGAUGCCCCUCUUCCCAAGGCCGACCCCCUGGUCGUUAAGAGAAUGGAGGAGCAAGCCAAGGCAAUCGGGGCCAACUUUUGUAACAGAUACCACCUCUCGCCGAAUGGCACGGGUUGUAAAGCUGGCGACAACUGCAGUUACUACCACUCCGAGACCAAGCUCAGCAAGCAGGAGAUAUUGGCCCUGAAGCACAAGACCAGGAAAAUUGUCUGUAAUAACGGUAGCAUCUGCGACGACUUUUCUUGCAACCUAGGGCACCAUUGCCAAAGCCCGGUCGGUUGUUACUUUGGCUCCGAGUGCCGAUUCUCCAAAUUCCACGGCAUGGACAUUACUCCGACCCUUAGGGUCUUUGAGGACGGCACAAGAGAGGUCAUCUCUAACUAACCGCACCAGCCCCGCGGACCGGGCCUUGUUGGAUUAUAGUAUUAUUUAUAAAGUAUGGCCGGAUCCAUGCUUGCUUUUGAUGCGAGCUGGCUGGCUAUACGCGUUGGGAACUCAGGCGGUGGAGGCCCGAUGCAGAGUUUUGCAACAACUCAAAAGAAUAAUGCGUUGAUACAACGUCAAAGCGGCCUGAUUCAUGUUGGAUUUCACAGCGGGAUGUAUGGUCAGCGCACUCAGUCUUUACUUUAUGUAGACCCAUCAACUCGAUGAUUUCUACUGAAAGGGACACCGUCUCGUGCCGUCACUUGUGAGGUACCUUGUGGGUUGAGAAACAGUCCAAUUGUCAACCAGACCUGUCCCUUCCCCUUCUUGGCCGCUUCGCCGACGUAGGUCCGCCACCUGGUGAGUCCCCCGCACCGUCGACCUGGGUCAGUUCGAGACUGAUGUCUUCUUCCUCCUCCGCUUCCCCAGCAUCUGUCCCUCCACCGACAUUGCCGCCCGGUUCCACGUCGUUCUCCACACCACCGCCAACCACAGAAACGCCCGGCUCGGCACCGGCAUCAUCAUCAUUGUUAUCAUCAUCGUCGUCCGAUCGAAAGCCGUAGUGAUCAUCGGAGUCGUCAUCGAUGGUCAUGUUGAAGGAGGGAUCCUCAAGGUCAUCCUCAUCCUCCGUGUCGAUGUGGUUUGCAGGAUCGUUCAGCAGCCUCUCCGUAUUUCUGUCCUUUGCGUUUCCCAAGUACUUCCCCAAGAUUAUCUGAAAGGCCAUCCUUGCGUUGCCCGGCGCCUCCACCCUCUUCUCAUUCAGCACGUGGUUGAAGAGCGUGGCGCAGGCCCAGAACCGGCCGACGUGUAUGCCCGGGUUGUCCCGCCAGUCCCCUCUGGUGUUCCUCCCGAUUAUCUUGCCCACGUCGGGGUUGUUUUUGUGUUUUGACAAGCCCCUUACGAGCAAUCCGGCCAUGUAGCCCAGGCGCCUGCCGAGGACGGGGUGUUUGACGUAUUCCUUUGCGGCUUUGACGUUUGGGAGGUUGAAGAUUUGGCCCUUGCCUGUGUUGCCCCAUUUGGUGCCCUUUAGGCAGGGGAGCAUGCAGUAGUGCCAGUGGUGCCGAGGGCUGGUUCUUUGCCUUCUUUUGAUGUCGGCGUAGCAGGUUUGCUCGUGGGUUUUUCCUUGGAUGGAGUCCUUGUCGGCGAGGUUUUGGCAUUGGACGAAGUGGUCGAGCUCAUCAUCGACGGGGUCGUCGGGGGGGCCGGUUGGAUCUGUGGACAUGGUUUCUGACGUGGGGUUUUGGUCUUGCGAGGGGGAAAAGGGUAAGCGAAAGUUUGCAAAGACACUGCUGGUCUUACGAGUCGAGGUUGGGGAAAAGGUUGGUUGCGGAGAUAGUGAAGCAAAGGCGUAAAAAGGCUCGAUCAGUAAGUCAGGGAGGACUUGUGCUUUGCCUUUUCAAGAACAAGUAGCGGACAAAGAAAGGGUCUCCGCCUCCGAACGAAGUCGGUCUCGCAAACAAAGGGCCACCUUUCCCCCAUUCCGGAACAAUGUGUCGAGAUCAGAAUCAAGAAAGAUUUCUUUUCCUUGGAGCGGAAAGAGCCAUUGUCAAGAAACACGCCA